GGUGAAGAGAGUUGAAGCGCAAGAUAUUGUUCUAGCGUAGAAGUUAAUUGAGCACUCGUGUGCUUGUGUUUUCUCACUAUUUAUUCCCAUCCAAUCUCCACACAGGCACGGCGACAGAUUGCGAAGAACGUUGAAUCGUAUUGGAAUAGAAGAAGGACCGGUGUAAAAAAGCAACCAGUAACCACGUAAGAUAUAGUAUAAGCAGGCGCGCAAUAAGAAGAACAGUAAACAAAAACAUACGAAAAGGAAAAGCGUAUUGAGCGUCUCUUUGUCUGGCGGAACGCCUUUCCAGACGACGCCACUCCUGCGGUUCCUCGAUUGGCUUGCGACACCCAUAGUCAAAUAAUCGAGACGAAAAGUUCUAUUUUGGUGGACCUGUUCUUCUUGAUCUUGAGGGAGCCGCAAUUCCGUUUCUCCACCUUGUUUCCAAGCACCACGUCGUUUUUCGGAUUUCGAUACAAGAACCUAGAAGCCUCAAGAACAUUGUCCUGAUCGUCACCAUCACAAGCUCUAGCUGUACCGGCGACAAGUUGAAAUCGCGCUCGCGGCAAGAGCGUGUGCUUGUAAGUAGCGAAGAAUAGUAGACGACCGCGCGACGCACCAGGAUUCAGUUUUUGUCCAUACCAGGAGGAACUAAUACAGCACGCUGCCGAAACCCCGCAAGAAGCAGAACGGCGACAAAACUCCUGCCGCGCACGACGUAAAAAAAAUCCCAACGAGGGUACUUAAUUCGCGACUAUAACAAGAUCGCUCUUUGCUAUCUUCCCAGGUCACCGGCAAGGAGAAUCCACUUCAGCCCGAGACAAUGGCGAUGGCAGGCGUACCGACGGCAGAAGACUACAUGGCGGGCGGCCAGGCGAAAGAAAUCAAGAACCCCUCACAGGAGCAGCUGCAGCAGGCCUACCAGCAAAUAGAAUCAGAAAUCGGGCAGAUGAUUCAGAAGAUUGCGGAUUUGGACCAGGAGGUAUGUAGAUGUACUUCUUAAGUUUGGCCGCCUGUAGAUGAAUUUGGUAUGACAUCAUGAUUAGUCUUGUUAAAUUCUCAUCCUGUUCAUGUUCACUUUGCACUCAGUCGUACACGAUCAUGUAAUGGUUAUUGCGGAUUGAAAAUGCAUCGAUGCAGCGCAGUCUGUAGUUUAGCAUGACAAAAAUAAACACACAAUUACAAUCAGAAACGAGAACACGAGCUGGUUUUGGUAGCCAUGAAGGGCGUUCCAGACGACAGGCGAUGUUGCAGAAUGGUCGGCGGCAUCCUCGCAGAACGUAUUGAUUUGUUUUCUUUGCUUGAUCGCAAUAACACAAAAUGGCUCUCCCAAGCCAAAUGAGCAUCACAAAAAUGCUCCUGCUGGUGCUCGAAUUUGUCAUGCGAUUUAUCCAUGUGUGAUCAUAGAUAGAAAGAUAACUUUCCUAUUUGCAAUUAUGCAAGUUACAUCCAAGAACCUUUUUUAUCGAACGAAAACAACAGGUACGGUAAAAGACGUGCGACCACAGGUGGACGAUAACAAGGGCAAAAUUGAGAAGGCGAUCGAAAUGUUUAAGGCGAAAUUGGAAGAGAAAGGAAAAACGAGGAAGCUGUUCAAGGAGAAGUAUUCGUAAUUUUGUUCUUGCCAGCAGGACAUCUUCAUCAACGACUAGGAUGUACAGCUUGGCCUCGCAAUUAUAUUACGCAACCCUCCGAGUCCGAAGUCCUCGUGCUGAUUUUGGUUCUCUCUACUUGACGAGGUCGAUCUUGUUUUCUUGUGCACGACCUUGAUUGGAAUUUUUUUUAUUUCUCUAUCAGAUACAACAUCGUCGAUCCCCAGGCCGACAAGCAGGCUGCGGCCACACAAGCGACACAAGGCAACAACCAGGGCAGCGGGGGUGGUGUGUUGGUGUAAAAAAGAAAUGCGAUGACAAGGAAAAGACAAAAUUGCGGUUUUUUGAAACAACACCCAACGACUGUAACCCGAGCAAGGAAUUGCCUUUGGAUAUAGCAGUUGAAAGCUGCUGCAACAUUGACAACACAGGGGCUACCGCUAGUAGUUCUGGGUGCCUGCGACAGUUCGAUAUAAUUGUACACAGAUCUUCUAUUCUCUGUUGAUCGCAAAUUUACAUUUAGCGAUGAUGUGAUUUGUUCUUGGUUAUAGUUAAUAUGGCUGAACUGGGUGGAUUGGUAUCGUUCACACUUCAAAAGCAAAACAAGAAU